AUGUCUGGAUUUGAUGCAAACAGGAUAUAUGCUGUCUCAGGAAUACCGGGUUCUAGUGCCUCUGCUGCUGACGGCGGUGACACCUCUAGGUCAUCCGCUGCGGCGCACAACUUCUACGAGUUCGUAAUGCGUUUUCGGCAGUCGAAUGAGUUCAAGUAUCGGGAUCGUCUCCGAGCCAACUUGUUGUUAAAGAACUAUGUCCUCAGUGUUUCUCUCAAAGACGUAGGAAUAUGGAACGAGGACCUACUGCACGCCAUUCAGGAUAGGCCAACGGAGAUGGUGCCCGCGUUUGAGACUGCUAUUACUCGCGCCGCCCAUCAAAUCCUCUACCCUCUAGACCCCAAGGCGUCCGACACUAUCCCCGACUGUCAGAUCAUCCUCACGUCUGAGGCAAAUCUCUUCCAAUUCCGCGGCCUUUCUGCACCUACAUUCUCCAAGCUCGUUCGAGUACCUGGUAUCGUAAUUCAAGCUGCUGUACUCUCUUCUCGCGCCACUCGCCUUCAUCUCCAGUGUCGCUCCUGCCGGCAUGUCAAGAUCAUCCAUCCUAGUCCUUCCCUUGGCUCUAGUGGACAGGACCUCCCUCGUCAAUGCGAGUCUAUUCCUCCCGAGGGCCAGAAAAAAGAUUGUCCUCUCGAUCCCUACCAAAUCAUACAUGACAAGUCAGCUUUCGUUGACUGUCAAGUCAUCAAACUACAAGAAGCGCCCGACAUGGUUCCUGUCGGUGAGCUCCCUCGCCGUAUGCUGUUGAGUGUCGAACGUGCCCUUGCCGGACGCCUCGUUCCCGGCACUCGAGUAAUAGCCACGGGAAUCUAUUCGGCUUACACUCCAUCGGGACGCCAGAAAGGCGGUGAAGCGGCUGCGGUCAGAAACCCCUACUUGAGGGUGCUGGGUCUGGAGGAGUUGCGGGCUGGUGCCGCUGGUGGUGGUCCAUUCGGCAUGCGUUUCAGCCCGCAGGAGGAGGAGGAGUUUGGCAGGAUGAGCAGGCAGCGAAAUUUCUACGAGACAUUUGCAGCGAGCGUCGCGCCUAGUAUCUUCGGUAACGAGGACAUCAAGAAAGCUGUUUCUUGUCUCCUUUUUGGAGGAAGCAAGAAGAUUCUACCCGAUGGCAUGCGGCUCCGUGGGGACAUAAAUGUUCUCCUCCUCGGUGAUCCCGGUACCGCAAAGAGUCAACUGCUCAAGUUUGUCGAGAAGGUCGCUCCCGUUGCAGUGUAUACCAGCGGCAAAGGAUCAUCUGCUGCUGGUCUGACGGCGAGUGUCCAGCGAGAUCCAACUACUAGGGAAUUCUAUCUUGAGGGUGGGGCAAUGGUGCUCGCCGACUCAGGAGUCGUCUGCAUCGAUGAGUUUGACAAGAUGCGAGAUGAAGACCGAGUCGCCAUCCACGAGGCCAUGGAGCAGCAGACAAUCUCGAUUGCAAAAGCCGGUAUUACAACUGUACUCAACAGUCGCACGAGCGUCCUCGCUGCCGCCAACCCCGUCUUUGGUCGCUACGAUGACAUGCGGACGCCCGGCGAAAACAUCGAUUUCCAAACUACAAUCUUGUCUCGUUUCGACAUGAUUUUCAUUGUACGCGAUGAACAUGACGAGCAGCGUGAUCGAACGAUCGCCAAGCACGUCAUGAACAUUCACAUGGGUCGCACCAACAACGAAAUCGAGGGUGAGAUUGAUGUCGACACCAUGAAGCGAUAUAUAGCGCACGCUAAAGCCAAAUGCGCCCCACGCCUCACGCCUGAAGCGGCUGAGAUGCUCAGCAGUCAUUUUGUCAGCUUGCGCAAACAGGUUCAGCAGGUCGAGCGUGACACCAACGAACGAAGUUCUAUUCCUAUUACUAUUCGUCAACUGGAGGCUAUUAUCCGUAUUUCAGAAUCUCUGGCGAAAAUGACACUAUCACCAGUCGUCGGCGAGCACCAUGUUGACGAAGCGAUUCGGCUCUUCAAAUUCUCAACUAUGUCUGCCGUAGAGGCUUCGACGUCGUCCUUAGACGGGCUCUCGCGUGGUGAGAUGACGGAUGAGAUUAAUCGCAUCGAGAAAGAAAUCCGCCGGAGGCUGCCAGUCGGGUGGAGCACAAGUUAUCAAAGCCUGGUGAAGGAGUUCUGUCAAGGUCAGGGUUACUCAGAACGAGCGCUGGAGCGCUGCCUAUGGGUGCUGGAAAAGCGCGAGGUAGUGCGUUUCUCGGGACAGAAAAAGAUUGUUCAUCGGAUGGGCGUGUAA